CGCCGAUGGUCGUCGCGCAGAAACAUGAAUGCCUCUAGCCAUGGCGAUGUUUGAGGAGAGGCGCAGCACGAAGAUUUUACUUGAUGACACGCUACCACUCUCGUGUGUAAUUGAAUCGUUUGAAAAUGUGCAAGGCCAUACUUGCUACAACCUGCGAGUGCAGCGAGGUUUUCACCAGGAGAUGACGUGGAUGGUGCAGAGGCGGUACAGCGACUUCAAUGCCCUCCACAGCCAGCUCCAGACUUCUGGGCAGGAGUUGCCUCUGCCACCUAAGAAACUGUUCAAUAACAUGAGUCGAGAAUUCAUUGCUGAGAGACAGCAGAAGCUGCAGGAAUAUUUGGACCAGGUGCUUUCAGAGCCCUUAAUAUCGCAAUGCCUGGCUGUCAAGCGCUUCCUGGACCCAAAUAAUUACAACCAAAACUUCUGUGAGGCAGCCCUUCAGCAUGUCUCCAUGUUGUUUCGGUCUGAGGAUCACUGGGAAGUGGUGGACCCACUCCCAGACAUUGGAUGGCGAUUUCGGAAACAGUACUUUAUGGUCCGCCACAAAGGCGAUCUCAAGGACAAGCCUCGAUUGCUGAUGUGGGUUCCUCUGGGUCCCGAUUUCUACCUCAGUGUCAAGGAUUUGCAAGUGGCUCUCAAGUUGCUCACCACCAUACAGCACCCGAAUGUGUUGCCUUUUUGCCUUGGCUGCGUCAAUGAAAGUGGGGCAGCCUUGGUGCAAGACUUCUGUCCUCAGGGCUCCCUCAGGGAUGAGCUGUGCCAGGCCAAGCCCCGAGACAGUUACCUCAGGAAGUACGGCACCGUCCGGCAUCCCAAGCAGCUAGCUCCAGCCACUGUGGCGAGGCUGGGCAAACAGGUGCUGCAGGUUCUGUCAGGGCUGCACCAGCACGGAUUUCACCAUGGGCACUUACACCUUGGCAACAUUGUCCUACGAGGUGAUGACUGUGUGGUGACGGCACUGCAGAAUCAACUGCUUGGCCUGCCCAGCCGGCUACGACCAUUAGUUGUUGGCCUCAAGAAAGUCAGGACUGCGGAAGCAGUGGAUGUGUAUAGCUUUGGCCACCUGAUCUAUGAAAUGACGUUCGGCAGGCCUUGCAAUACUCCAACUUGCGAUAACUUCCCGGCACCCUGCCCUCCAGAACUAAGGUCAGUUCUGGAAGCGCUUCUCUCUACGGAAGCAUGCAAGAAUGGACUGCCUUCAGUGGCCAACCUGCUCAUGCAUCCCUUUUUCCAGAAGGUGGCACCGGCCAACGGAAGCAUAGCCAAAUUGGCACUCAAAGUUCCCAGUUUCUUGAAAGAUGCACUCAAGACUGCACGCUCACGCACGGAGAAGAGGCUACAGGAGGAUCAGAAGCAGCUGCGACAGCGCACCAAGCUGAGCAAAGCGCAGGCACGUUUGUCACAGGAUGAUGACCGCAAGAAAAGGCUGCUUGAGCUGAAAAAAGCAGAGAGCAGCCGGUCACAGGCAACUGCCAGCACUCGCUCCACAAGCACAAAAGCUGAGGACACCCCUGUGAUGAAGGUUCAAGUUCCACCUCCCCCUCCCCCACCUCCUCCUCCCCUUCUGUUGGUGGCUAGUGGACCACCGCCACCACCGCCACCACCGCCUGGACCACCAACUCCAGGGUCAGGAUCGUCGGGCUCGUCCACAGACCGCUCUGCCCUGCUCUCCUCCAUCACGUCCUUCAACAAAGGCGCCUUGCGCAGGACCACCACUAAAGACUGCAGCAAGCCCAAGCUCUGACUGGCCACAAGUUUUGCUGCUCUAGGAUAACACCCAACAUGCCCAGUGUAUCAUACACGCUGCGCCACAUCCUCCACUUAGGAGACAUCAACUUUACGCACCACAAUCCGGAAACUGACCUUAAUUCAGGAGGAGCAAAGUUCAAGUUGUUCACAGAGCGUAUUAUAAAAGUUGUGCAGUAUGUCAGAACAGGCACACACACACUGCUGAUCAUCAGAUGAGGCCACAGCACUGAUUAUCGUCACUGUACGUGUCUGUUUUUGUUUCCUCUGUUCUGACAUGCUUCAUAACUUUCAGAAUCGUUGUCUUAUAUGAAGUGUCAGCUCUGAUGACUCAAUAAUAGGAGAGCUAUUUCACACCAAAUUUCAGUGAAAUGCAUAAACAAUACAUGGGAAGAAUACACGGGGAAGAAAAAAAAUAUAUUCUGCUUUAAAAAAGUUGUUGCACAUUCCUUGGUCACUUUUCCAGAGUCAGCACAGCGAUCUAGGCUUUUGUCUUUUCAACUUGGCACAAGAUUUCUAUUACCUCAUCAAAGGAUGUUGCUACAUGCUCUGAGCCAACAUACACCAGUAUUCUUUUUGAUAGAGGCAAACAGCUGUUCGGAUGUUCCAUGCAGCACAAAGGAUAGAAGGAUGAUGCAGACUGUUCUGGGCUGUAAGAUGGGUGGCUGAACAUUUUUCAUCCUAAGUGCUGUAUCAGGCCCUCUGCAGACCAUGUGAUGUUGGCGGUUGUCAUGGAGAUGUACAACAGUGCCUCGUCAUGGAGAUCCAUUCCUCUUCGUCAAAACUUAUGGCAACACUAUUUUAUGUGACAGACAUAAGUGGCAUUGUCUUCAUAUCUAGCAUAAAUAGUAUUCAGUGAAUAUUUAGGUAAUUUCUCCUUCAGAUUUAGUGGAACAAAUUACACAUUUAAUGGCUAUCGUAUACAUUGUGAUUAAAAGUUUAAUAAACGAGAAUUGGCAUAAAUGUGCUAACCUGUCGACUGCCCACAUACCUGAACAAGUAGUCUUUUUUACAAGCUUACAAGAGACUGCCCUCACAUUAAGUGGACUAAAGUCAAAUUAAAGUAAUUUCCUUUUAUCAUGGUGUCCUUGACACCAAGCAGAGCACGAGAGUAUAGACAACAUUGCUGUCCAAACUUCAGUUCAUUUCCUUUCCGCAUUUUUUAUCAGAGCUGAAAUUGAAUAGUACUUUAAUUUGAGCAUGUGGUACAGCAUAUUUGAUAGGCUGGGCAUCAGAAAGUUAAGAUAUGAAGUAUGUUAAUCCUUAAAUAAGGACAAUGGUUUGGCUAGCUGGGAAGGAUGCAUGUUUAACAAUGGUAGAAAACUGGGAAGGAGGACUGCAGUGUUGUAGUUAUGUCACAAACAAUGCCAAGGAGCAAGCAUCCUACCAUUGCACUGGUAGGAUGCAGUACAAAGUUUAAUGUACAUGAAACUUUGCAGCCAGUGCUGAAACUGCAGCCAGUGCUGAACACUGCUUCACGUACAUACGGACAGGAAGCAGUGUUCUGUGGAGGUCAAAUGGAAGAGAAGGUCAAAGACUCGAAUAGUCUGCUGUGCUUUAAAGUAGAGCCCAACAAAAGGUCACACAGCUCGCAGUGUGUGCACACAUGAUGCAGGCAUUGUUGGGAGCUUGAACAACUUGUCUGCAUGGCGUGCUGCCACAUUUUCUUGGAUCUCUGUGGGGCAAGAUUACUUCAUGUAGAGCGCCUCCUUCCCGUUUUGCUGCUGUUAAGCCCAACAAUCAUGGAAGGAAAACGUGCCUUUUCCGUUAAGUUUUUGUUGUCUCAGUGUUGUGUAUGAAAGGUGUGCGAGUUUAAUAAUUGGUGGAUGAAAACAAACUCCAGAAGCCUUUUUAAAAGUUUGUUGUAAUUGGAUGCAAUCAGCAUGUUAAUUUUGAUUACUUCUAAUCAUACCAGUUAAAGAGGCUAACAGAACUAUUAAUACGCAAGUGCAACUUGUGAUGGCUGAGAUGUAUGUGAUAAAGAAACACUAGCACUUGUUUCUUAAGCACAAUUUUCAGCAUGUCCUAAUGUUACAAAACACAGUGCUUAGCACAGCUCCUAACUUAUGUAACAGGUGUAAUUAAUAAGAGAAUAUUGCAGCUUUUUUGGCUAUUUCGGUUGCCAAGUCUGCAGAUGAAGUAGGACUUCAACCUGUAUCUCUGAGGUGUGCCAUAUAGUGAAUAAUGUCCAAAGCUGUGUUCAAUGAGCUGCUAAGGUACACUAUGUAGCCAUGCUGUCUUCUUUUGUUCUGCCUAAUACAAACUACAAGAGGUGGUGAUGCUGUAUAUGCAGUAGACCUUAUCAUAUGGCUGCUGUGCAAAUCUGUUCCUUUUUUGAAAUUUCUGAGGUGGUUCCUGCUGCAGAGAACAGUCGACUGAAUCUAGACUCUUUGUUCCAAAUGGCUUGCCUCACAAUUGACACAUUGCCAGCGUGCUGCAUACUUAUUCCUUGGUGCACCAGGAAAAUUGUGGUGCUAUUGCUUAAUGGGGAAACAACCACUGUUGCAUUGUCUGCAUACACCGAAAAAAUGUGACAUUAUGCAUACACACAAGUUUAUUGUACUUGAAUGCAAUGGAGUCUCACAUGUUUUAUGAUGCAUUGGGGAGAAAAAGUGACUCCAAAUGUUUCUAUAUUAUUUCCAAUUGUGUACAUAUACAGGAGACUUUUCUAAAUAAAUCCUUGUGUAUCCUAUUUACA